UCGCUCUCACUCUCACUCUCAAUUCCUCGUUCAUCAUGAAGUUGCAAUGGCAGAUCAUUUUUGGCCUGAUGCUCGUCUUCGCUGUGCUGGCAUCGCUGGCUGUGGCCCAGCCCCUGGAGGAGGAUGAGCUGGACGACUCCGGAUCGGAUGAGUCUGUCGCUAGUGAUCCUGCAGCAGCAGAGGAUGUCAAUGUGCAGCAAGAUUAUCUCAAUGUGGCGGACUAUACCAAGGCACCGUCUCCCUGGUGGUGGAAUUAGGUUUACUUGAGGUUGAACUGAGACGGGGAAAAUGCUUAAAUUAUUCAGCAUAUUUAUUAACUAAUUAAAUACCAGCACAAUAAAAA